AUGGAACUGCGGUGGAAUGAUAGACAUAACCCAUAGUCUGACCAAUAAUAAUUAAGUAAUGAUGGAUGGACUAUCCGUGGUGGAAAGAGGAGGCCCACAGGUGUAACUCUACCUUGAAUUGUUCUGCCUAUUCGUGGGAAGUGCUUCGAUGCUUGGGACAAACAUCGACAUCCACUUGAGGUCUCCGAAGGCAUAUCUUCAGAGGAAUAGCUGGCGUUCUGUAUCCCAAGGUACCACAGCAUGGGACCACCAGGCUUGAAAUCAACCGAGUAUUGCCUGACACAGCCCAAAACACACGCAGCAGAUAAGAUUUGUUUAGGUUAGGAAGCUAAGCUAUUUUGGAUGAAAGCUUGGCCUCCAGUUUAUGGAAAAUAAGCUCUCCAACUGUCAGGGCAGGCAACCAUAUUUUCCCCCUUCGUCUUCUCUUUGUUUGCUUAAUAUUUCUCUCUUUGAUAUCUUGUCUGGCAUCUUGUGCCUAUAGACAUUAAACACUACAUCCUCUGCUCAUGAUAGAAGUAUUCUUUGAUCAAAACACACAAAAUGCCAGCCACAGCAAGACCAAAUACCGACUACGAGCGCUGGCUCCAAAAUCACAAUCCAGACGUCGAGUUCCACCCAAGUCCACAAUACGGCCCUCAUCAUGGCAGUCGUUCUAAGAAGUUUCCCCCUUUCCAGACACCCAAGACGGACAGACCUCGCAACCCGUUCGCCGGACCUCAGAUCCGGUUCUCGCCUACAGACAAAGAACUCGGGUCCUCUUCCAGGGAGACGUCAAAUUCACCAAUAUUCAUGUUGCUCUUUCUUUUCAUUAUCCUAGUUGCUGUUGCGUACGCUCGGACACAACUUGCCCAUUCUUCCCGGGCCCGACCAGCUGCGAGAAGGAGCGAAAAACAAUGAUACCACAUCCACGGUGCACACGAACCCGACAAUGACUUCUCUCCUGCUUGAAUACGACUCAAAGUCUUGCCACAGUGAUGCCAACGGCAGGGGAGUACGAACGCCCCGACUAGAUACCUUUCAAAUUCUGAUACCCAUAUAUCAUGCAGACAGAUCAAUGGCACGUAUUGUUGGAGUCGGACUUCAAUCCAACAUGUAACAAUGUUUUAUCUCAGCAUAGGUGGUAAAACGCUUAAUGAUACUUUUUAACCUGCUAUGGCGUAUUUAUGCAAAAUACCCGCAUGUGUAUGUCUACAGUGCUUAAAUAAAAGUUGUUGUCCGAUGAUGAACAAACAUGGCUUUCUCGCUCUUAAUAUUAAUGUAGUGGUCUCUGCUUUUCAUCCCCUCGAACGCAUUAAAGCAUCAUUGUCCUCAAGAACGGCAAAUAUGACAGGUCGAAAACAACUAAACGGGGCCUAUUACUCGAAUACCGAAUCU